AUGAGCCGGCAAUGGAUGUACGAUGACCGAUGCUCUCCCGAGUUCAUUAAUGGCGUGCGUACUUUUCUGCUUGCGGCUGAGGCAAACAAGCGAGCGGAUGGUUUUAUGCAUUGUCCAUGUGCUGGCUGUAAGAAUGGUUGCAAUUACUCUAUGUCAAGAACCAUUCACAUCCACCUGUUUGAGUCCGAUUUCAUGCCCCACUAUAAUGUUUGGACCAAGCAUGGAGAAAGAGAGGUCAUGAUGGAAUACAACGAAGAAGAAGAGGACGACGACAGCUAUCCUGGCCAUGGGUUCCCUGAAUAUGAUGAUACAACAAUGAGGGAAGAAGCUCAGCCGGCAAUGCGGGAAGAAGCUGAAGAAGAGGCAGAAUGAGCCGUUGAUGAUCUAGGUCGGGCCAUUGCUGAUGCAAAGAGAAACUACGCAAGUGACUUGGAGAAGAAGAAGUUGCAGCGCAUGUUAGAGGACAACAAAAAAUUGAUGUACCCGAAUUGCGUAGGUGACAAGAAAAAGCUGGGCACCACACUGGAAUUGCUGCAAUGGAAGGAAGAGAAUGGUGUAUCUGACAAGGGAUUUGGAAAGUUGCUGGUAAUGAUAAAGGAUAUGCUUCCAAAGGACAACGAAUUGCCCGAGAGUACGUACCAAGCAAAGAAGGCUGUCUGCCCUCUAGGGUUAGAGGUGCAGAAGAUACAUGCAUGCCCUAAUGAUUGCAUCCUCUACCGCGGUGAGUACGAGGAUUUGAACGCUUGCCCGGUAUGCGGUGCAUUGCGCUAUAAGAUCAGCCGCGAUGACCCUGGUGAUGUCGAGGGCGAGCGCCCCAGGAAGAAGAUUCCUGCCAAGGUGAUGUGGUAUGCUCCUAUAAUACCACGGUUGAAACGUUUGUUCCAAAACAAAGAGCAUGCCAAGGCGAUGCGAUGGCACAGAGAAGACCGUAAGAAAGACGGAAAGUUGAGAGUACCCGCUGACGGGUCGCAGUGGAGAAAAAUCGAAAGAAAGUACGGGAAGGAGUUUGCAGAUGACGCAAGGAACAAGAAUGUGUACCUGGGACAUCGUCGAUUUCUUCCGAGCAGGCAUCCCGUAAGAAAGAAAGGCAAGCAUUUCAAAGGUGAGGCGGAUCACCGGACGAAGCCUCGCCACCGUACUGGUGCUGAUGUACAUGAUAUGGUCAAGGAUUUGAAGGUGGUCUUUGGAAAGGGUCCUGGUGGACAACCUGUUCCGAAUGACGCUGACGGACGCGCACCCAUGUGGAAGAAGAAAUCUAUAUUUUGGGACCUGCCCUAUUGGAAAGACCUAGAGGUCCGCUCCGCAAUCGACGUGAUGCACGUGACGAAGAAUCUUUGUGUGACCCUGCUUGGCUUCUUGGGCGUGUAUGGGAAGACAAAAGAUACACCUGAGGCACGGGAGGACCAGCAACGUAUGCACGGAAAAGACGGC